CUCUAGCCCCUUACCCCACGGCUGUGAUACACACCCCGGCUAUGGACAGGGAGGCGCUGUGAGAGACGAGAGGGCGAGAGAGACUGCAAGAGGGUAGAGGAGAGAAGGAAAGAAGGGGGGCAGGUUUCAGGGAUUUGGAGAGUUUGGCCUUUUUUCGGCCAGUAGAGCCACUCGGGAGCCCAGCGCGCAGUAGAGGAGCCUCGGGACGUCCUGCCGUCGCAGGUGUGUUUCCACGGAGCUUCUGAGGAUGGCGGAAGGGAUGUUGAUGGUGUGUAUGCUGGUGCCUCUGCUUUGUCAGGUGUGGAUUGCUGCAGAAUCACAUGACAAAGAAGAAGGCGUCCUUUACCCAUGGAAGCAUCAAGGCACAGGAGUGGUCAGGGUGAAGAGGGACUGGAUCAUCCCUCCAAUCAGGGUGCUGGAGAAUAGCAAGCAGGUUCCUGAAGACCUUGUCCAGAUCAAAUCGGACAAAAUAUUUACAGGUGAGGUGAUCUACAAGUUAGAGGGGCCGGGGGUGGACCAGGACCCCAAGAAUCUCUUUGAGAUUGAUGAUAAAACCGGAGUCAUCAGGAGCAAGCGGCCGCUGGACCGAGAGAGACACAACAGCUUCACGCUGAAAGCGUUUGCCCUGUCCCCCAGUGGAGAGAGACUAGAGAAUCCAACCAUCAUAGAGAUUGUGGUGCUGGAUCAAAACGACAACAGACCCAGCUUCACCCAGAGACAAUUUGUCGGCUCUGUCCCUGAGUUCUCGGUCCCAGGUACCUCCGUGAUGUCAGUGUCAGCCACUGAUGCAGAUGACCCAAUGACAGAAAAUGCUUUUCUGAGCUACUCCAUCAUUGGCCAAGAGAGCAUUCCUGCCAACGCGGUUACCAAGACCAUGUUCGGUAUCAACAACGAGACGGGAGCCAUCCACACAAGGGACGUGGGCCUGGACCGAGAGGUGGUGAAAAGUUUCAGGUUAAAACUGCAGAUUGCUGAUAUGGGGGGCAUGGGACUGACGGGUGAAGGUGUGGCAAUCAUACACGUUUCUGACAUCAACAACCACGCCCCACAGUUCUGCCGCGCCAUGUACGAGAUGAGAGCGGUGGAGAACAGGAAGGACUAUGAGAUUGGCAGGGUGAACGUGAUGGACAGAGAUGAUCGAGGAGAAGGUAACUGGGAGGCCAAGUACUUCAUUUCCAACGACCCCGGAGGACACUUUGCCAUUAGUACGGAUCCUGGCACCAACGAGGGCGUUCUGGCGGUGGUGAAGCCUUUGGAUUAUGAAGCCCAGGUUGAGCACGUCUUGACUCUAUCAGUGGAAAACGUAAAUCGCCUGAGCGACAAGUCUCCCAACCUCCCACCGAGCAUUGCUACAGUGGCUGUGACUGUGUUGAACGAGAAUGAAGCUCCAAUUUUCAGGGAGGACCCCAUAAAGAUCGUGGUCCCUGAGUCCGUGCUUCCUGGGACGUUACUGAAAAGCAAUAUCGCCUUCGACCCUGAUCAUUUGGACCUGAGGUAUGAGUUUAGCAGAGAUCCCGAGAGGUGGCUGGAGAUCAACAGGGUCACAGGAGACAUUUCUGCCAGGAGGAGCUUUAACAUGCGAUCUCCAAAUGUUAGAAACAAUAUCUACAAUGCUGUUGUCAAGGUUACAGAUGCCGGCGGUGUGUCGAGCACUGCGACAGUGGCCAUCACACUGAAGGAGACCAACGACUUCCCCCCUCAGCUCCUCCCUCUGAGCGGCACUGUGUGUCGGGCCGCGGGCCGCACCAGUCCUGGUAUGCUUGUGACGGCUGUGGACGAAGACCUCCCCCCCCACGCCGCACCCUUCACCUUCGGGAUUCCUGAUGACCUGUCGAUCAACUGGACCCUCAAUCAAGUCAACGAUACUCAUGCGGUGCUUCAGCCGCUGGUGGAGCUGCAGGCAGGGGAGUACGUGGUCACCGUGUCUGUGUCGGACUCUGGCAGCCCGGCUCUGAGCGCCUACGCUCAGGUCAACGUCACCUUGUGCGCCUGUAACUACUUUGGAGAUUGUAAGUCCGAGGUGGGGGCCGUCCUGGGCUCCAGUGUGGGAAUCAACUUCAUCGCUCUGAUCAUCAUCAUGGCCAGCAUUGCGCUCCUGCUGUUACUGCUCCUCCUGGCUGUGGCGGUGACUCACUGUGGGAAACGCCAGCAUAUCAAGAAAGGAACAGGUCUGCUGGUUGGGGAAUCGGAAGACGACAUUCGUGACAAUGUCUUCAACUAUGAUGAGCAAGGCGGGGGCGAGGAGGACGAGAAUGCCUUCAGCAUCGACCUUCUGUGGAAUCCCCAUGAUGCUCCUUCGACCCCGGGGUCCUACUACACUGGGCGUGGCGUCCCUGGAGGCAAGCAGCCGCUCAGGAGGGAUGCUCCGCAUAACCUGCCCUCCCCCAUCUACCCGCGCAGGCCUCCAGCGGAUCCCACUGACAUCGAGGACUACAUCAAUGACGGCCUGGAGGCUGCAGACCACGAUCCUAACGUGCCUCCGUACGACACGGCCCUGAUCUACGACUAUGAAGGAGAGGGCUCCCUGGCAGGCAGCUUCAGCUCCAUCGCCUCAGGCAGCUCUGAUGAAGACCAGGACUACAACUACCUCAACGACUGGGGACCCCGCUUCCAGAAACUGGCCAACAUGUUCGACCCACGAUAAGGUGGACAGCAGCCCACAGAGAGACCUGUGUCCCUCACCAGCAGAGAGGGACACAGGUCAUGCCUCAGCUGGUUUUUCUGCACACAUUUUGAAAAAGACCCGGGUGAGAUUUGAAGUGUGCCAAAGAACGGUAAAUUGCGAUGUGAAGCCAUGGGCCUUCGGUUUAAUGCGCCAUAGGUUAAAAUGAGGAUCCUUUGGACAAAACUGACAAAAGGCGCGUGGGAAAGUUUUGUAGCUCGAGAAAAGCAAAUGAGACAGUGAUGUUGUGAGAUGAGAUGACCCGUCAUGAGGAAGGAAGCUGUGCACGAUGGGAGGCACAAAGUGUGUUGAAACGGUGUGUGGUUGUUUUUAUCCUCACACUUACUCACGCAAAGUAAUGAUGCACAAGCCUAGGAUAUCAAAAUAAUGCAUUUCUUUUUUACUUUACUGCUUAUUUUAUAUGAUAAAUUUAAUUUGAUAUUUUUUUGUUUGAUUUUUAUUUUCCUCCAUUCCUGCAUCUGUUAAUCUUUUGUGGAAAGAAAAGUAUUUCUCAACCAAACAAAUUGUACCAAACAAUAUUCUUUAUCAAAUUGAUUUGAGGUGUAGACUUUGAAUGAUGUUUUUUAGUUUAAAGUUUAAGUAUGUCCAAAGAAUAAAUGUAAAUCUUUUA